AUGUGGAAUAAUCGUGUUUCAACAAUCAGUGAUGGAUCCAUGGGUAUUGCCGCGGGUCGCUCCUUAACUGCUCGAGUUACUAUUGGCACACCUCAAGCAACUGGAAAAUUAGCUUGGGUUCGAAGUACAUACGCGUCCCAAUAUAAUCAUGCUGUAACGUGCUUUGAAUCAUUUGAUAACACAACUGGAAAAAAACGAAUGAGAGGAGGUCGUCUUUUGCUCUAUCGGUUGCUUAUAUUCGCUGUCGUAGUCGUUUCGUUCGUGUUGGGAAUUUUAAGUUCGAAUGUGAAAGCGUAUGUCGCAUUUCCAGUCGUUUCAGCCGUAGUUUAUCUUGAUCUUACUAUUUGGAAUUGGCAUAUCUUUCGAAUCAACGGAAACCUUUUACAUUCGCACAUGAUUAAAGUAUCUGACAAUGUGUUGCCGGGAUACAUUAAUAGAUUUUUUACUAUUCCGAUAUACACCCACAUUACGGAUCAUCAAAUUUUAGCCAUUUCAAAUUAUGCACAAACAGCUAUUGCACAGUUGAUAGAACAACAUCGAGGUUCUGAUUCUAUUAAAAUCAUGUGCUACACAAACAGUUAUCAAAAGUACAUGAAAUUUCCGAUCGAAACUUUGCUUUAUUUCAUCGUUUUUAUUGGCAUUUUUAUUGUUGCUAUCACGAGUGUAGUGAAACAAUCGACAUAG